AUGAGUACGGUGAGCGGAAGGUAUGGGUCAAACUUUAAAGUUGUCAUCCGCGUCCGCCCGCCACUGCCUCGCGAACUUCAAGGCGACAAACCGUUCCAAAACGUUGUGUCAGUUGAUUCCUCAGGCCAUUACUUGACCGUGUCCGACAGUAGCCACCAUUCAUCUUCCAGCGAAGAUCAGCAAAGCAAUGGCAGCUCGUCGUCGUCGUACUCCAACCACUCGUUUUCGUUCGAUCACGUUUACGAUCAGCACAGCACCCAGCGCGCUGUGUACGAAAACACUGCCAAGGCUGUCGUCGAGUCAUCGCUCGAAGGAUACAAUGCGACCAUUUUUGCUUAUGGCCAAACUGGCACAGGAAAAACGUACACAAUGGAGGGCUUCAACAGCAGUGGCGGUUCCCUCGAAGACCGCGGUAUCAUUCCUCGAGCCAUCGAGCAAAUUUUCAUGCAUAUCCAAGCCAAUAUGAGUGCCCGUAUGCGCUUUCUUGUACGUGCAAGCUAUCUACAGAUCUACAACGAGUCCAUUUCCGACUUGCUCAAGCCCGAACGAAACAAUUUGACGAUUAGAGAAGACAAGAAACGGGGCGUGUUCGUUGAGGGCUUGUCCGAAUGGGUCGUACGGUCCCCUGAAGAAAUUUACGGACUCAUGGAACGCGGCGGAGCCAUGCGUGCAACGGGAAGCACCAAAAUGAACGAAAUCUCUUCAAGGUCCCACGCUGUGUUUAUCAUCAUCGCUGAGCAGAGCCAAACGACGUACGUGGACACAGCUGGAAAGGAGAUCCCUCCUGAAGAAUUCACUGCUCUCGUCAACACGCAAGCCCGGGAUCGAUCGAAACUGGAGUCUCUUGUCCGACAAAGUUUUAAGGUCGGGAAGCUCAACUUAGUCGAUCUAGCGGGGUCAGAACGUGUUCGACUGUCUGGUGCAACGGGGCAGCGCCUUGAAGAAAGCAAGAAGAUUAACCAGUCGCUAUCGGCACUUGGGAACGUAAUUGCUGCGCUCACUGACACACGGGGACGGCAACACAUUCCUUAUCGCGACUCGAAACUCACACGUAUUUUGGAAGACUCGUUGGGCGGGAAUUGCAAAACUACCAUGAUGGCAAUGAUCUCGCCUGCCCUUGAAGCAAUCGUGGAGAGUUUGUCAACUUUGAAGUUCGCCAAUCGUGCGAAAAACAUCAAGAAUGAAGCCCGUGUGAAUGAAGAUUUGGAUCAAAAGUCGCUCUUGCGCAAGUAUGAGCGCGAAUUGAAGCGGCUGCGGGCUGAACUCGAGGAAAAAAAUCGAAACGUCGUGGAUAAACGUCGGUUGUUAGAGCUCGAUGAGCAGCGACGUCGUGCGGAAGAAGACAAGAUGGCUGCCAUUCGCGCUCUGGAGCAAAGAAGCUUGGAGUUUAUGCUGGAAAAGGAAGAGAAGAAAAAGCUCGAGCAGCGAAUUAUCAUGCUCACAUCGCAGAUGCUUAUGAGCCACGGAAAGCAAAAGGGGGCGAACGACGAUGGCAGCAGUAAUGGUGGCAAUGGCGACGGUGGCGAAAAUGAGUUCUCGACCGAGGACCCACAAUUCCGUAUCGCUCUCAAGGAGCAACAGGACCGCAUUCGAAAAGAAUACGAAUGUCGCCUCGCUGACUUAGAAAAAGAGCGGGAAACCAUUGAAGAGGAAAAGGCACAAGUCGACCGGUACAAGCAAUUGCUGCUGAAACAGCGAGAUAUUAUGAUUGCGCUCACCCAGCGAUUGAAUGAACGAGACGAACAAAUUAUGGCUCUUCAGGACGAAUUGGACGCUUACGACCGCCACCAAAAAUCACUCGAGGAAAAGCUCGACGAGAAAACUGCUCAGUUGAUUCAUCUCCAGCGCGUGACCAUGGAACACAAUGCAACGUCCCCUAACAAGAACGCUGAGUUGAUCCGUGCGUUGGGUGAUUGGGGAUUCAAGCAAACUCAACAGCAGCGACAAAGCCACCCUUCGCUCGACCCAAACGGCAUGCUCCCUGCUCAUCUUCUCACAAGCCAUAAACAGUUUCUGCCCCACGAGCCGUUGUACAACAACAACCAGCUGACGAAAACUCCCCCAAAGGGACUUUUGUUGUCUGCCGAUGAAAAGAUUCAAGAGCUACAAGAAGUAUUAGCGACCCAAGGCCAAGAACUCGGAAGGGUCACGAAAGAACUGGACGAAGUCCGUGCGGAUAAAGUGAGCGUCGAGUACGUCAUGCGCGAGCGCCUUGAAAAGUUGGUGCAAGCCGAGUUGGAGGCUCGCUUACGUGAGCAUGAUCAAGCAGCAUUGACCAAAUACCAAAACCGAAUCAACGAGCUCGAGGUAGCGCACGGAACGGCGGCUAAACUUUGCGGUGCGGGACGAUGGGCUGUUCGAUCUCCGAAAAAUACUCACAAUCUCUGGAUUGUAGGAGAUCUUCAAGGGCGUUGCGACACUCUCACGAAAGAACGCAAAGCAGUUCAAACGAUCAUGGAGCAAAAGAUCAAGGCGCUUGUGGAUGCAAUCGCUCGUGCGAGUGAUGCCACCUUGGAAACAGUCGGCGGGGUAGAUCAAAUCGGAGAACCUGCCAAAUGGCUGUGCCGCGAAGUCAAUGCACUACAACGGCUAGUAAAUGCGUCAAUCGUGGCACUUCGGAACGCCAACACCGACAAAGCCACUGGCUCUACGCCACCUCCGACCAUCGACAAGCAGCCGUCUGGUGCUCGUGUCGGCUAUUCUGACUUUCCUCCCCAACAACAAUCGCCGCAGCAACUCGACACAAGCAAGAAACCUGCGCUGUCAUCGUACGUGACUGGGGGGCUAUCUGUCGAGGAACUGAUUCAGAAGCGACGGCAGCAAAUGCAGCGUGAAAAGCAACAGCGCCAACAUGGCUGACGUCCGCUCGCCACUUAAUUGCACCAAUGUUACAGCAAAAGAGGUG